UGUUGGAGUGAGGAGGAGCGAUCUCGUGUCGACUGUAAGAACACGUCAGCGUUAGAGACCUCCUCAUCCUCUGCACUUUCUCUUCCUGCUUCCAACUUUGUUGCACAUGACACUUUAUGAGGAUCGACGUCUGUGUUUCACCUGAACGCUCGCUCGCUGUUGAAAUGCCCGGAUUACGUCCACAUCAGACGCAUAACAGCAGCAUAUGACCCCGAGCGUUUGGUUUCUAUGGUGCUUCGGCUGUGAAAAUGAGAUUCCGGUUGUUGAAGAAGAACUUUAUUGCGUUCCUUGUCAUUUUAAUUGUGUUUUUAAUGUUGUUUUACUCUUUACGACGGACUAAAGAUGAAACAAACGUGGAGGUGACAGAAAAAGAGGUCUCUCAGACUGCUAUAAUGGUUAAAUUCGACUACGGGACCAUUGAGAACAUGAGGAAGUCCGUCUAUGACAGCAACUACCGGCAGUUCAUUCAGAAUGGAGACAAGUUUCCAUUGGAUCCUGAAGUUGUUGUCGUCGUGCAAGUCCACAAUCGUCCGGCGUACCUCAAAAUGCUCAUACAGUCCUUAGAAAAAGUCAUUGGAAUCCAAAACACGCUUGUGAUAUUCAGCCACGACUAUUUCUCAGAGGAAGUCUCUGAUGUAGUCAAAGGAAUCACUUUUUGCAGGGUCCUCCAGAUCUAUUUCCCCUACAGCAUCCAGCUGUAUCCCAACGAAUUCCCAGGACAGGAUCCCAAAGAUUGUCCGAGAGACAUAUCGAAGGAGGACGCUGUGAAAAAGGGCUGUUUGAACGCGGAGCACCCGGAUUCGUACGGACACUACCGAGAAGCGUCCAUCACCCAAACCAAACACCAUUGGUGGUGGAAACUGCAUUUCGUGUUCGAGCGAGUGCGGGUGCUUCGGGGAUACAACGGGCUUGUCGUCUUCAUCGAGGAAGACAACUACCUUCUCCCAGAUUUCCACGAAUACUUCAAAUCCAUGGGCGAGCUCAGGAAAACCAAAUGCGGGGAUUGCGACAUCCUCGCUGUAGGCAACCAUGACAGUUUAUCGGGCUUCCACGAGCUUUCCAGCCAAACGGAGACGGCGGGAUGGCUGUCCACCAAGCAUAACAUAGGCAUGGGCAUCUCCAGAGAGCUCUACUACAAACUGAUGGGAUGCAAUCAUGCAUUCUGCACCUAUGAUGAUUAUAACUGGGACUGGACCCUGCAGAGCUUGUCUGGGACAUGCAUCUCUAAACCUCUCAAGGUUCUGGUGGCUCGAGGAAGCCGGGUUCUUCACACGGGAGAUUGCGGCCUGCAUCAGAAGGAGGAUUGCCGACCGGAAAAGGCUCAGGAGAGGGUGGAUGCAGUGCUUAAAGAGGUGCAAACCGCUCUUUUCCCACCGGUUUUGACCUUGACAGACCACGGGUCGGUGGAGCAUCAGCCUCACAUGAAGAACGGAGGAUGGGGGGACGUCCGCGACCACACGCUGUGCAUCAACUACGCGGUUCGACUCUGAGCUGGACGCUUUCACUUAUUCAGAAAAUCAGGGUUUAAUGAUUCAGGUUUAGCUUUCACCAAAAACAGGAAAAUGUGAGCUAUAAUGGUGUGUAUAUUGUGCAUAAUGUGGAUGAAUCUCACAAAAAACAGGUCGAAUGUUCACAAACAAUCAAAUAACUAAAUAUUCUUGUUACAGUAUAAUGCUUCUGAAUAUUCUAUAUAUAGAGAGAGAGAGAGAGAAUUUAUACAUUAUAAAUAUAAAAUAUUAUAAGGUCCGCGAGAAAAGACUUUAUCAGUCUUCUUAAAAAUGUAAAGAAUCCCGUCUAAUUUAGUUUAAGUUGCCAUUUCUUAGAAAUGUUAUGUGAAAUUUACUAGAAAAAUUUCUGGGGGAAAAUAGUUUCAGUGUAUGCUUUACAGUUUUCACGCAGGAAAUCGAUUGUAAAUUUCACAAAAAAUCAAAAACAAGUUUUGUGGUAAGACUGAAAUAGUGUUUUCUUGUAAAACACGACUCCAGGAAUCUUACAACUUCAGAUAAAAUUUUUUGCUAUGCAUUGUAUAGUAAAAAUUUACUAUACUAUAUAUAUUUUUAAAGAGCAUGCACUAAAGCCAGUACACUGUUAAACAUUUGUUGUAAUAAAACAAAUAUGAUUUGGUACAUUUAAAAAAUGUCAUGCUUAAUUCACUGUGCAUUUUCUUUGGAAUUAAAUGUGAAAUUUAAAAGCAAUUUAUGAGUUUAAAUGUUUCUACACCAAUUUUUCGAGUGAUAAUACCACGAUAAAUGAAUGCUUUACGAUCUAAAUGAUGUAUCACUAGCUCUAGGCAUUACGAUAAUGAUAAUUUGUAGUUGGAAAUGUGCUUAAUUGUGUUACAAAUGUCACAGAACUAAACAGAUUAAUAGUUUUGAUAAAACACUGGCUCCAUUUUUUAUGCAUACAGCACAAUAGUGUAAAAAACAAAACACACACUUCUUGUUUGAUUUUGUGGUGACCUGAAUAUGUUUCCUGAGACCUGACUUUAGCAGAUUUACAUAAUUUGAAUAUUACUGACACUUGAACAUAGGGAAAUUGUCCACGGUGCAAAAACAUGCAUUUUUACAGUGCAUUUUAACAAUAUCAGCACAAAUCAUAAACCUUCCAGCAAGCAACAUCCAGAUGGGUGUUAGUUGUAAAAGAAAAAACAAUAGUUUGAAUGUAACAUUCCUUCUGUCUUCUGUUACUGAUGUUUCUUAAAAAUGAAAGAUCUUUUGUUUUUUUUGUUUGUUUGUUUUGUUUAUUUUUUAACAGAGGGACAUAUUUUGGUGGUGUAUUUAGAUGUGUGAAUUUGUGUUUAAUGUGCCUUGUAAACAUUCUUUUUAAAUUUGCAUAUGGCUAUUUGCAUUUGUGCUUUGCAUCCUUUCAAAUCCGGGUUUCUUCAGAUCAUUUCUUCUUUUUUUCUCACACGUCGCUACUUUGUUGUCUAACAUUGUGUUUAAUAUCUUGCUUAAAUGUACAUGGAAGACUGGAAUAACUGCACAGAACUUAGUCUAUGAUUUUCAUCAGUCAAACAGGUUUGGCUCCAGAUGUUUAUCCAUAAUCACUGUAAACUGCAUGCAAGAGUCUAUUUAUUUUCCCAACUGAGACUCUUAGAAGUUGGGGGGUUCCUGGGAUGGAAGAAUUAUAUAUGUUGUGAAAUGCUAUCUUUACAGCCUUGACAUGAAGCCAAAUAAACUUACCUUUGUGCUUGGUUUGGAGAAUUUGGAAGAUACAAAGGUGGACCUCGUGUUUUUUUUUCCAGCUGACCUUCUCUGUGUGUUUCCUUUCUGUGAUUUCCGUUAUACCUAUAGGGAGGAAAAGCUGACAUGCUCAAAAGAGUUGCCAAAUGUUUUUGUGGAAGUGGAUCUGAAAUGUGUUCUUUGAUUGUGUUUUGGGUGAAUACUGUAAGUGUGCAUGAGAGAGAUUGAUUUCUCUAAUGAUGCAAUCUCUCUUGUAUGAUUUGUUUCCAAAAACAAAUCAUAAUGCUAGCUCUUAAAGCCAUAUUCAGAUUUGUUCUUUAAGCUUUCAGCCAAAGAUGCAUUUAUCAUGUCAUGAAUUUAUGAAUAAGGGGUAUGCUUUUGAUGAUUUUUUGUUGUUGUUUUUGAGUGUUUGUCAUUUUAAAACUGAGUUUGUAUAUAAUAGAUUGUCGGAAUAAUUACA